ACAGACAGACAGGCAGACAGGACAGACAGGCAGACAGGGCAGCGAUGGCGGAAGACUGGAAGUCCGGGUAACUGUUUCAAGCGGCCCUGCUACUGGGUUAAAACUCCGUUGUGCUGAAUAAGACAGAGGUGGUUAUAGCGGGGCCGCUGGCCGCUCUGUACGGUGCUCGAUUCCGCCCGGAUGACAUGGAGAUCUCCGCGGAGGGAGAGGCGGAGGAGCGCAGAAGGGAGCUCUGGAAGCUGCUGUCCAGCCUGAAGACCACGGUGGAGGGUCUGGUGUCAACCAACAACCCCAACGUGUGGUCACGUUAUGGCGGCCUGCAGCGGCUACACAAGGACAUGAACAACAUCCUGAGCCAUGAACUGAAGAAUGAGCAGGUGUACUACAAGCAGAGAGACUACUGGCCGUUUGUGUGGUGUGUUCGCUACAUCAGCCCCCACCUCGCAUCACACGUCGAACAGUUCAGCCAACUGGAGCCGGUGCUCAGCAGCGGGAUGAAGAGUGCUGGUGAAAGCUAUAAGGCCGAGCGCUGGCUACUUCACAGCUUACAGGUUCACAUGCUGUCGGCUCAACUCCGACCUCUGCUCCGGCAUCUGGGACAUACGCGUAAAUACUAUAAUGAUGAUGCCUUUCUGCUGAGUGAGCCCCAUGUGACCGCCAUGUUCCAGUGUCUGGAAGCUGUGGAGCAGAAUAACCCCAAACUACUGGCCCAAGUAGACACUGUUGGGCUGUCCCCUCUAAAGGGCCCACCGUGUCUGGGCCUGUUGAAGAGCCAGAGCCUGUGUGUGUUGCCAGGGUCUGGAGGGGCUUGGAGGAGCGCUGACUCAGCUCUCAGAGGAGACUCUCUAAAUCGCAGACUCACCACCUCCAACUGCUCCCUCAGAGAGGCAGUUGCCACCAGCCACAACUCUGGGAACACUAUGGGAGUCGGAUCCCAAAACAGCAACAGCACAAACACUACCUCUCCAGCCAGCAGCGUGGGAGCUCCCUGGGUGUGUGUGUCCAGGCCUGGGGAGAGUGAGCGGGGUGUGACGCCCCCUCCUGGCCCUGUCCCUGUCCCUUGCAUAUCCCUCACAGAGUCCCCCUCGCCCACCUCCCUUCAGCCUGAGGCUGGGGACUCUGGUGAUGGCGAGUAUGACGACGGUCCGGAGUACCUGGCUAUUGGUAACCUGGGGCAACGCAGUCGGCGUGAUUCUCGAAGCUCCACCCACAGCAGUGACCAGGGCGAGACCCAGCAAAAGUCCCUGCAACAGGGUUCCGUGGUUCCACCUCCACCGAGGCGCUCAUCUUUUUCAGAGGGUCAGAGGGGGCCGGGUCGGGGGUCCCAAGGACACACACGCUCUUUUUCUGACACGGGCAUCCAUCAGAAACUCAGGAACGGAGGGGGCCACCGAAAAAUCACCAUAAUAAUAGAAGAUCCGGUAGCAGAAUCGGCAGUGGAUGGCUGUAUGAAGGACUACAGCCCUUUCUCACCUCAGCACAGCGAUGCCAGCACCCCCAGUUCCCUCUACAUGGAGUCCCAUGGGUCCCAGUGCAGCAGCAUUUCAGAUGGUAUGUUCAGGAAGCCGUCGGAGGGUCAGAGCCUCAUCAGCUACCUGUCAGAGCAGGACUUUGGCAGCUGUGCUGACCUGGAAAAGGAGAACGCUCAUUUCAGCAUUUCCGAGUCCCUUAUUGCUGCCAUCGAGCUGAUGAAGUACAACCUGCGGCGUCAGGAGGAGGAAGGCGAGGAGGAGGGAGACAGCGACUGUGAGAUUCAGCAGCUCAAACAGAAGAUCCGCCUGCGUAGGCAACAGAUCCGACGCAGCCGUCUGCCGCCCUGCGCCGCCUCCCAGCACAUUUUCCACUCCACUGACAGCGGUGGAUCCAGGAGGAGCUCUCAGGACUCCUGCCAGGGCCUGUCUGACUCUGGCUCAGCUGAGGAGGUGGAGGAGUGCGAACUACAAGAUGGCUGUGAGGGUCAGUCCCUGCUGGCGGUGUCUCAGAACGGCCUCUCCCUGUCACUCGCCUCCCUCUUCUCAGAUGCAGACAUUAAGCGCAGCGUAAGCUCCAGCGGCAGGUCUUUUCUCAGUUCAGAGUCCAUCUCUCCAUCCUUCCUCCAGUCUAACUCAGCUGAGUCAGUAGCCAUGGGUUUACUCAGGCAGUUUGAGGGCAUGCAGCUUCCUGCAGCCUCUGAGCUCGACUGGCUGGUCCCAGAACACGACGCUCCACAGAAGCUGCUGCCCAUACCUGACUCUUUGCCGAUCUCGCCUGAUGAUGGCGAACACGCCGACAUCUACAAGCUGAGGAUUCGGGUUCGAGGAAACCUAGAGUGGGCGCCGCCCCGACCGCAGAUCAUCUUCAAUAUUCAUCCCGCUCCAAAGAGGAAGAUAGUUGUGGCUAAACAAAACUACCGCUGCGCUGGCUGUGGCACCCGCAUUGACCCAGAUUAUAUCAAGCGAAUGCGUUACUGUGAAUACCUCGGCCGUUACUUCUGCCAGUGCUGCCAUGAGAACGCCCAGGCGGUGGUUCCUGGCCGAGUACUGAGGAAGUGGGACUUCAGCAAAUACUAUGUCAGCAACUUUGCCCGGGACCUGCUGAGCAAGAUCGCGGGAGACCCGCUGUUCAACCCCAACGACAUCAACAGUGGCCUGUACAAGAAGUUUAAAGCUCUGGAGACUGUCAGGGUUUUGAGGGUGCAGCUGUUUCACAUGAAAAAUCUCUUCAAGACCUGUCGCUUUGCUAAAGAGGUGCUGGACCAGUUCGACAGCCUACCAGGUCACCUGACAGAAGACCUUCACCUAUUUUCCCUCAAUGACCUCACCGCUGUGCGCAACGGUGAUCUGGCUCCCCGAAUGAAAGAGCUGCUUAAACUUGGUACCAUGCACGUAGCUGGCUGUGUGCUGUGCCAGGCAAAGGGUUUUGUGUGCGAGUUCUGUGGCAACGAAAAAGACAUCAUCUUCCCCUUCCAGCUUAACAAGUGCCAGCGCUGCGAAGAGUGCCAUGCGUGUUACCAUCGCGGCUGCUUCCGGACAGGUAAAGACUGUCCUCGCUGUCAGCGGCUGGCAGAGCGGAGAGAGAGGAUGGCGCGCAAAAACAUGGAGGAACAAGAGGACGAAGGAGGUGGGACCUAGUGCCGGUAACAGAAGAAACUCAGACAAAAGGAGACGAGCACAAUGCGACCAUGAUUGUAGUGACUGACCGCCUCUCUUUCCGUUCCAUGUCCUCUCAGACCUGGGUGACAAUACCUGCUGCAGACAGAUGUUUUGAUCUCAGUACAUUGCCAGAUGUGCAGGUUUUACUACAUCAGGGCACCAGUAGUGUUGGUGUCAUGUGAGUCUUCAGCUGGAACAUGGCUAAUAUUGAUUUUCAGAUGCAUUUAGUGUAAGAUACGCCCCUUUCACACAUGCACUUUACUCUGUGAGUAGCGGUAGUUUUGCGUGUGCCAGCGUCAUAUUUGAAUCGGAAACUGAGCAUUUAGCUACUUUUGCGGAGAGAUGGCUCCGUCGCACAUAAGUAAAAUUGUAGGAUUUGAACAUUUUCGCACUUUGGCAACACCUAGUGGAUGUAAAAAAUUUAGUUAGUUAGCCAGUUAUUCUGGCAAACCUGUAUUUCUCCAAAAAUAAGCUUUAAAAUAUUUUUUUGUUUGAUUUUUGAAUUGAGAAUAUUCCCCUUUUCCCCUUUUCCUUGUGACACAGUCUGGAAAAAAUCGACACUUACAGAAUUGUUUUGUAUGAGAAAUUUAACUAUGAGAAAAAACCCUAGCCAUGUUGCAGUAACUUCUUGGCACUUUGUCCCUCUGUGGUAAAACUAAUAUAUUUGAGAUUUAAGUCAUUCAGGAAAAUUUGUAUUUACUUAGACUAUUCUACCCAAGUUUGAUAUUUGUCCAUCCUACAAUUGCAGCUUCUGGCAACUGCUUCAACUCUUGGGAUUUUUUUUUCUUUUUUGGCUACUGGCUUAGCUGAAGUUUGUUUUUGAGGCCUAAAAUGGUAGGAUUUUCUUUUCUUUUUUUUUAGAUAAUCAAAUGGCACGUAAAAAGAUUUUCAGUACAGUUACUGUAUUUGAGCAGCCCUUCCCCUUCAGUUGAGGUUUUUAUUUGAAUUUGAUAACAUAGAAGAUAUUUAACUAAUCCUUUCUUUUCCCUGCUCCUAACUGUCCUGUUUUAAGAUAUUUUAGCCAUGCUUAUGUGCCUCUGGGACCAAUGAAUUCAGACUGGUGGAGCUAGUGGAGUUGAAUUUAUAGAUGGACUGGACUUCAGAAAGGGGUUUCAGCGUCAGUGUUGCAAAUAUUUUAAAUGAAACCUGCUGUGUGUGUGUGUGUGUGUGUGUGUGUGUGUGUGUGUGUGUGUGUGUGUGUGUGUGUGUGUGUGUGUGUGUGUGUGUGUGUGUGUGUGUGUGUGUGUGUGUGUGUGUGUGUGUGUGUGUGUGUGUGUGUGUGUGUGUGUGUGUGUGUGUGUGUGUGUGUGUGUGUGUGUGUGUGUGUGUGUGUGUGUGUGUGUGUUGGGGGUUUUUACUAGAAAAAAGCCGUGUGGAAUUGAGAGUGUGUGUGUAUGCACACGUCUACCUGCUGUACAUGCAGCCAUGCACAAAUGGCACCAGCCUAAUCAGCACUUGCCUGUUUUCUAACGUUGUAGUUUUUGGAAUAAUGGAGAGAGUAAAGUUAAUUGCACUGAUCCUGUCUGUUGUUGUUGGAGGGGUGAGCUGGGACGUCACUCUUAGGGGGGGAUUUCUCAUGUUCGUUUCUAAGAACGUGAACCUUCACCGUGAAAUGUUUUAUGUUUCUUUUAAUGAAGCUCCUGUCACCUGGGUUGCACUACAUUGUGAUUCCAACAUAGAAGAGCCUACGUUUAGUAGAUGAUAGUUAUAAUUCUUAAUGUGUAGCGAAAUCAUUAUCAAAAUGCAUUAAUAUCCUCUUGGACGAGAAGAAAAUACAUUUAGAAAACUUUAGCUAAAUGUUUUGUUUUCUUUCUUUCUUAGACUUUUAAUCAUUUGGUGACUCCUUAGGUUUGGCCACGCUGCUCUAGUACAAACUUUAGAGACACUUUACACUCGUUAUGGCUGACUUUUUAAAAAAAAGUGAGGUUAGUUUUAUUUUGUAAAUCUAGGGCUUAUUACCAAAUGUCUGAUUAGUGGCUCUAUAGUGGGUUACAUUAUACCAGAGUAUGAAUAUAUGAAAUUCAUGCCAUAGUUAAUGAUAGAUAGAAUGUUGUGGGAAGGCAAAUAUGCGACCCAUUGAUUGAAUCAAACAUUUCAGAAAUAAGGUCGUUUUAGUCCUAAAUACAAUUUUAUGUAUUCCGACCUUUUCAUGAAUGAGGCUCCAGAGUAUGUACCAUCCUCAACAGACUUUGCUUUAUGUGUACAGUCCCUCAUGAGAGGAACACACUCUCAUGAGACACUGCUUAAAGCAAUACAUGUGAUAUUUAUGUCCCUAAGCCCUGGCAGACAAUAUUCCAGAGAUAAACUGCACCCACGUCUUUUAGUUUUUAACCAGGCUGCUUUUUAAAUGAAACACUGAACUCUUUAGCUCGCGGUUCCUGAAUGAAGUGACUGCUCGACUCCACUGAAAACGCCUCCUCAACUCAGCACACUGUCCUUGGACUGCCUUUAACACGGAGGCGUGCGGAGGUUUAAAGUGCACUACAGAUUAAAGUCUAUUAUUAAAAAUGUUAAUUAUUGUUAAUAUGAUUAUUAUUUGUGUUAAUUUGCCUUUGUUCUGUAAUUGUGUUGACAAUAAAAGAAUGGCCAGACUGUU